UUCCCGCUUUACUUCCCAAAAAUUUGCGCGCCCGUUUUCAAGAUGUACAAAUUCCUCAUUAUCAAUCGCUUCUCCCACUUCAAUCUUCACGUCCCUCUCUAGCUCUCCAACCAAAGCAACAUCUGAGAUCUGCUUCACCACCUACCUCAUUUGACUGUGAAGUAUAGUGAGAGAGCAGAAAUGGCUAAAACUGUAAGCCCAGAUGCUAUAUCGUUUAUUCUAGCAAACCCAUGCCCCGAUUCUUCCACCGAUUUGCCGGAACUCAUUGUACAAGUCCUCGAUCUCAAGCCCACCGGCAACAAAUACAUGUUCAUGGCCAGUGAUGGCAAAAUGAAGGUGAGGGCUCUGUUGCAGUCAACUCUAGCGUCUGAGGUGACAUCUGGAAACAUCCAGAAUUUGGGGCUUCUUCGUAUUCUUGACUACACUCUCAAUGACAUCGCAACCAAGAAUGAAAAGUUCUUGAUUGUGUCAAAGUGUAAUGCUGUGUCGCCUGCACUUGAGUCUGAGUAUAAGACUGAGGUGAAGGUUGAGGGUAGUGGGCUUUCUUUGAAACCGCACCAGGCAAUGGAUGUUGAUGUGAAAACUGAAUCUGCUGGUAUUGUAUUGAAGCCAAAACAUGAAGUUAUGACUAAAUCUGCUGCUCAAAUUGUCCAUGAUCAGCAUGGAAAUAUGGCACCAGCUGCACGAAUGGCAAUGACACGGAGGGUCCAUCCACUUGUCUCUUUGAAUCCUUAUCAAGGAAACUGGACCAUCAAAGUCCGGGUUACAAGCAAAGGAAACAUGCGGACUUACAAGAAUGCUAGAGGAGAAGGCUGUGUGUUCAAUGUAGAGUUGACGGAUGAAGAUGGCACUCAAAUACAAGCAACAAUGUUUAAUGAUGCUGCAAGGAAAUUCUUUGAUAAGUUUCAGAUGGGGAAGGUUUACUACAUAUCAAAGGGAACCUUGAAAGUAGCAAACAAGCAAUUCAAAACUGUACAAAAUGAUUAUGAGAUAACCUUGAAUGAAAAUUCGGAAGUGGAGGAAGCCAGCAAUGAGGCGACCUUUAUUCCUGAAACAAAAUUCAGUUUUACUCCGAUUGAUGAGUUAGGCCCAUAUGUCAAUGGAAGGGAGCUUGUUGAUGUUAUUGGUGUGGUUCAGAGUGUGUCUCCAACAAUGAGUAUUAGAAGGAAAAGCAACAAUGAGACAAUCCCAAAGCGUGAUAUAGUCAUUGCUGAUGAGACGAAGAAAACUGUGGUGGUGUCCCUAUGGAAUGAUCUUGCCACGAGUGUUGGGCAAGAACUGCUAGAUAUGGCUGAUAAAUCUCCUGUAGUUGCUAUAAAAUCUCUUAAAGUUGGUGAAUUUCAAGGUGUAUCGCUAUCAGCACUGAGUAAAAGUGUUAUAGUAGUUGAGCCUGACACACCAGAAGCCAAAAAGCUGAGAUCUUGGUUUGAUUCUGAAGGCAAAGACACUUCUUUGGCUGCUAUUGGUUCUGGCUUAAGCCCGUCCAACAGAAAUGGAGCUCGUUCCAUGUACGCCGAUAGAGUUUCCUUAUCUCAUAUCACCAGUAACCCUUCCUUGGGAGAGGACAAGCCUGUAUAUUUCUCCAUUAAAGCAUUCAUCAGCUCCAUCAAACCUGAUCAAACAAUGUGGUACCGUGCUUGCAAGACAUGCAACAAGAAGGUUACUGAGGCCGUGGGAUCUGGCUACUGGUGCGAAGGGUGCCAGAAGAACGAAGAUGAUAGCAGUUUGAGAUACAUACUGGUGGUAAAGGUCUCUGAUGCAAGUGGUGAGGCAGUUUCUCUCGGUUUUCAAUGAGCAAGCGGAGAAAAUAUUUGGAUGCACGGCUGAUGAACUGAACUGACAUAAAAUUCAUGUAAGCAUCACAUCCAUUUAGAAAAACCUAUGCUUGAUUGCACUGAAAAUGUAUGAUGAUUUUGUUUGUUGAUGCAUAUGGAUUUCAGGAUGGAGAGGCUAGUUUUCAGAAGAAACUGAAGGAGACAACAUGGGUUCCUCACCUUUUCCGCGUCAGUGUCGCUACAAAUGAGUACAACAAUGAGAAGAGGCAGAGGAUAACCAUCAGGGCUGUUGCUCCAAUUGAUUAUGCAACUGAAUCCAAGUAUUUGCUUGAAGAAAUGUCAAAGAUCAAAGUAUCUAGCUAGUUGCGUAAUGAGGAACAAUCUGUUUAAUUGAUGGGCUGCCUGCCUCUAAGCUUGUUUUUGUUUAUCAAGGCUUGAAUGAGUAGGGAUAUUGUUAGCACUUCUUGUAAUAUAAUGCUAAUAUUGUUUUGAUCUGCAAGUUCAGAUUGAGAAGGAUCUUCACAUUUUGUAGAAAUUUAAUUUAACUAAGCAACUUGCUCAUUUUAUAUAGAUGUUACACAC